AAUCAAUCACAAGUCAAUCAAGCAUCCCGCCAACCAACAGCACAAGCGCCCGUGCGCCCACACACGAACAAACAGCUUUCCGCUCUCUCGCUUCUUUAGCUUCCAACCACAGCACCCAGCCAUGUCGAGCGCCGCCGAGCCCGGCGCCGGCAGCAGCGGCGACGUUGAGAUGCUUGUGGCUGCCGACAACGCCGACACAGCUGCUGCUGCUGCCGCCGGCGCGGGCAUGGGUGCUGCUGCCGACACGGCGUCGGCGGCUGCGGCCACGCUCCGCUCCUUUCUGGUGGACCUGUGCUCGGGCCUGAACCGGGAUGAGGCGGUGGGCGGGCCGUGCCUGAGCCGCGAGCAGCUGGAGACACUGGCAGGCACGCUGCUGGCGCCUGACUGCCUGAUCCACCCCGACGGCCUGCUGGGCCUGACGCCGCCGCUGACCGGCCGCCGCGCCUUCCUGGACUUCAUAGCGCAGGAGCGGGCCGCCUACAAGACCCUGUCCCUGGACACGCUGCUGAGUGCCGCCGGCCCCGACGGUGACGUGGCCUUCGCGCUGAGCCGCUUCAGCAUGCAGAGCGUGGGGCCGUGGCGCGGCGCGGCGGCCACCGGCCGGGUGUCUGAGGGCGUGCGUAUUGACGAGCUGCGUCUCAACACGGCGGGCCAGGUGGCGGAGGCCUGGUGCAACCGACAGCUGUUCGAGGAGGAGCGCGGGCUGCUGCUGCGCGACCCGCCCUCCCACCACGCCGCGUGGUUCGACCCCGCCUGGCUCGUGCCGGUGCCCGUGCCGGCGGCAGCCGAGCCCGAGGAGGAGGAGGCGACGACUGCGGGGGCGGCGGGUGGUGGGGGCGGCAUGGAGGGGGAGGCGGCUGCGGCUGCGGGUGGUGGGGGUGGCGGCGGCGGGCGGAGCCUGGUGUCGGCGGAUCAGCUGCUGCGGGUGGCGCGCAUCUGGGCCGAGGCCUGGAACUGCGCCGCCGCCGCCGGCCCGCCCGACCCCGACCUGCUGCUGGACGGACUGGCGGAGCCCGGCUUCGUCAUGUGGGACGCCCUCGGGCUCACCGGGGACCAGGGGCAGAGCCACCCCUACACGGCGGUCAAGGGGCUGGACGACGCCAAGGCCACACUAACCGCCAUGGCUCAGAAGUACGACGUGGAGGAAACCGUACAGGCCGCCGCCGCAAAACCCGGUUUUAACGCGGUUUUCCUGCACUGGGUCGCCAAGCUCACGCCGCGACACGACACGCCCGCGGCGCUAAACCCGACGGUUACCGCCGCCGGAGGCGGCGGCGCCGACGAAGUGGCGGCGGCUGCCGGCACUGCUGGCGGCGUGGCGGCGGCGGCUGGCGCCGCCGGUAACGCCGACGCUGGCGGCGACAUGGCGGCGGCGGCGCCGCCGACGGCGCCUUACCACGCGGAGGCGACUGAUCUGUUGAUCUUCUCUCCGACCAGCGGGAAGCUGACGGGGGCGUUUCAGUUCCGGCGGCCUCUGGGGUCGGACCGGCGGCAGGUGCUCAAGGCAGCGGGAGUGACGAAGGACCUGUCGCCGGCGGGUGUGUCAGGUGUGCCGGUGAAGGGCGUGUAGGUGUGUGUACAGAGGGAUGGAGGUGUGGUCGGUGGUCGGAGAGGGAUACAUGUUACAUGUGGCGCUGGCCAUGGAGGCAGGGGCACUUGUGAUUGGUUGGUUGGUUGGCUGGUUGGUAGAGCGGCAUUGAGCUGCUGCUUGCUUGCUCGUGAUGGAACAUGGCAAGGGGCAGGAAAGCGUAGUCCCGAUGUGUGUGGCUCCCACCCGUGCCCACAUAAAUGCGUAGCAAGAAGGGACAAGGCAUUGGUGCGUCGUUCGCGCGCUGUUACUGUACCGACGGUAGCUGGCAGGUUGUGUCGAUGUUUUGCUGACGCGCAUUCCUCACGCUCCGGGCGCCCGGCCAAGGCGAUAGCACCACACAGACUCAAUGCGACGCCACACCGCGCGGAUAGCAUAGCCGAUGCGCACCUGCAGGCAGUCGACCGCGGCAUUGAGCUGCUGCUUGCUUGCUUGUGCAACAGUAAGCAAAAUGACAUGGUCAUGACUAACGAUACCGUACUGCUCUGGUUCUGGUUGUGGUUUGUUGGGGAUGGAUGCGCAGCAGUGUGCAGCAGGUAGGACGUAAUAGCAGGGCGACAGCAGGCUUCGCUGGUUUUCGUGUGUGUGCAUGUGGGUCCGCAUUUUGUUUGGAUCCGAAGUACGAACACUUCAAGGUAGCUUGCUUGCGGUCUUUCGCAAUCAUUAUGCUGAUGGGGAUAUGGUGGAACCGAUGGGAAAGUGGUGACUUGUAGCCUGACCUGGUGAUACCAGCGUGGGCGCCUUCAUUCCGACAAGUGUUCCCCGGUCACGGGAAACGGGGCUGAGCCCGAAAAAGUUGACCUGCCACGUAUAAAAACAAGGGGUGUCAGCUUUGUACAGCCGGAAAAUGGGCUGAGCCCCCGUACGCUUGGGAGCUAUUAGGCGUGUAACGCCCCGUCAGA